AAUAGAAAAGAAGGUAAAACGAACAAUGUCAGCGUCAUGUUACCGUAAGUGUGGUGCAAGCAUGUCUCGCAUUUCAUCCGUUUUAGGCAAUGCAUCGAUAUCAAUGAACAUAGCUUAGAAAGAUCACAACGAAAGCUAGGUUUGUGCAAUAUCGCACCAACUUAAAGUAUAUAUCUAUUUGUUUUAACUACUUGUUUCAUUCAUAAUAGUUUAACUGUCUUAAAAGUAAGUUAGUAUUAAAUUAUGCUCAUGGUAUUCAAAAUUCACACAAAAGACGGAUUAAAAAAAAGAUAAAGACAGAGAAGAAGACGGACUACAGUUUCACACAGUCUUAAAUCUGAGGUAUAAAAUAUGGACAAUUCUUGUGUAGCGGGAAUAAGCGGCGCCACCAGUACUGAAAUCAACGACUGCAGAUCAACCUUUUCAUCGACAGGAAGAUCAGAGUGUUCCAUUGAAAGUUCUCAAUUUUCUGAAUCAUUCAACCAGCGCAUGAACGGAGCAUCCAGUGAGCAAACCAAUUAGAUAGAGGACACCGAGGGCGGAUUGCCCUGGAUUGUCACAUUUGCAGCCUUCAUGUUCUAUUUCUUGGUAGAUGGAAUAUCUCUUUCAUUCGGAGUGUUCUAUGUGGAGCUUCUGGAGAUGUUUAACUCAAGCAGCUGGGCCACAUCUUGGAUAGUCUCAGUAAUGCUGGGCACAUACCUUUUUGUUGGUCCACUAGUCGGUGCCUUGGUGAACAGGUUUGGUUGUCGAACGGUGGCUAGCGCAGGAUCAUUUGUUGCGGCUAUCGCGUUAUUCGCCUGCACAUAUGCCCCCAGCAUCGAGUCCAUGAUCAUAGUUUACGGGUUCGUCGGUGGAGCUCUGUAUGACAAACUGGAGAACUACGUUGGUACUUUCUUUUUCUCCGGAUUCACAAUGGUCCUGACCGGUAUACUAACUCUGCAAAUCCUCUGGAUACAAAAACUUGAGAAGAGAAGAAAACAGACAAAAUAAUUGGAGGAAACGAAAAAUAAUUUAUUUUUAAAACUGCAUACGUAUGGACACUUUUCUCGGCUCUUUUAGCCUUCAUCAUUAGUCAGACAACAGACAAGACAAGGAAAAUGUCGUCGAAAUACUUCUUUACUAUCGGUCACAAACAGUUCGGCUAUUGAAUCGGCAUUUCAUCAGCUAUAUGAUCUUGUAUCGUUGCAUUGUAUAGGUAUGACAAUAUUGUGCAACGUGAAACAUUUUGGUUCGUUGUCUUCUGUCUGACAAGUCCGACUGUUUGAAACUACUGAAAGACCGACGGCUUAAUAUAUAUAUUUAUCACAUGCUUACCUUUGUUUUCCGUGUAAUAUACCCAUUACGGAUAUUUUUAUCUUACACAUGUGUAAGAUAACCUAUCAGACAUUUCUAUUGGUCAGAGUAAUCACACGCAACCUAGAUAUCCCUCCGCAUUGUUUGUAAACAAAAUGGUUUAAAUGCCAACAAAUACUUACCGUAAUAAUGAAGCUGUAAGACUUUCGGGAGAGAAAUAGCUAACGAAUCAUAGUGCCAGAAAGCAUCUUGUACAAAAACUUUCUGAUAACAAUGUUCCGCCAACCAGAUAAUGCAGAUUACUAGUCACAGAAAUAUCCAGUCAGUCAACAAAUACAGCCACAAUAGUGACAAACACCACAAGAACAUUUCAAACAUCUCCAUCUUGACCAACACAAGCAAUAUGCAAUCAAUGCCAUUUGCUUGCCGAUUUAAUUAGCUGUCGGAUACCGAAAACACAAAUACGAAUUUCGCAGCACAGACAUCUCAUGACACAUCCCAUGGCGGCUAGAACAUCAUGUUCUCUGGAAACAUUCCUGGUGGAAAUUAACUUUUUCAAAAUCAACAUCCAUGCAGUACAGAGUAAGGCUUCGCCGUUAUCAUCUGCAUGUUGUGAAACACCAUGUACACCAAGAAAACGCUGCAAAAUCAUCGUAGAAAGCGACAGCGAAUAACUUUUAAAUCCGUGAACACAGUAAAACUUGACAGACCGAUGUAGGUCACAUUAACCGCGUAAAUGCAUGUACUCUGAGUGUGACGUCACCAAAUUGUGUACUUAUUGUUUUUUUUUGGUUAAAAUCGUUCGUUAUUCAUGUUGUUGGAUAUUUUACUACACAUUUUUAUAUUUGUGACUUGUUAAGCGCUUUAUCAGAUUUUAAAACUUGAUAACUGCUAGUUACUUUUGUCAUUUUAAUUUGGAACUAUUUAUAUGGCGCAUCGUUGACAUUCUACUCUGAGUACUUUGGCUGUCAAACAAUCGGUUCAAAAAGUGGAACUUAAUUGGUAAUAAAAACACCGUUUUAAGCAUGUGAUAAAACAGAUCUGACACUCGUUGUCAUUUAAUUCAAGAAUUUUAUUAAACUCGUCCAUGAAAGUUGUUAGUAAGCUCGCCAGAGGCUCGCUUACUAACAAAUUUCAUGAACUCGUUUAAUAAAAUCUUGUAUUAAAUGACAACUCGUGUCAGAUCCUAUAUAUAUAUAUAUAUCUGUCACUGUCGCGUCGCAGCUUGGUGUAAGGUUUGCGUUUAAGUUACUAUCCUGCGCAUAUAAAUUAACGUAUUGGUUAAAAAUUUCCACUGUGUAGAUUCAACAUCGCGAUAUUUAGGUACACUUCGCUCCGAAUCUCUAAGUUAACAAUCAAAAACCGUUUAGAAAACAACCUAACCUUUCCAACCAAUUAAACGGCUCAUAGGCCUGUAUUAAUCGUUAAGAAUUGCAACGUUCAGUGGGAUUUUCAACCUCCGCCUACGCAGAAUUUUUGUCAGCAUUAUCAUACUUUGAAAUGGAUUUUUUUCUGUCUGUUAUAGUUUCUGUCCAUUCAAAACACGCUAUUUUAUCGUAUUGUACAUGGUUGUGGUUACAUUAUUCAGAAGAUAUGUAUUUGUGGUUUCAAGUAUUUGAAAUAAAAAAAACAAUGCAUAA